UCUCCCUUUUUAAAAAUGAAAGAUGAAAUUGCCACAACAAUUUUCUUCAUCACAAGACUGGUGAAAAAAUCUGAUAAGCUGAAUAAGCAACAAAUAGAAGAAUUUGCAGCAAAACUGAUGGCGAUACUGUUUGAGACAUACAGAAUGCACUGGUACCCAGAUAUUCCUUCUAAAGGACAAGCUUUCAGGUGUAUCAGGAUAAAUAAACAACAGAAAAAAGAUCCCCUUCUGGAGAGGGCAUGUGCUGAAAGUAAUGUGAAUUUUUUUCACCUGGGACUUCCAAAGGAGAUGACCAUAUGGGUAGAUCCCUUUGAAGUAUGCUGCAGGUAUGGUGAGAAAAAUCGUCCAUUUAUAGUUGCUUGUUUUAAUGGCAGGCAGGAAGAAUGGGAAAUAUCUCAACAGAUCAGUCAUGCUAUUAAUAAAGUCACAUCUGACUACUAUUCUGGCACUUCCUCUGAUGAGGAUACAUGUGGCAGAGAGCCUCAAGUAAUUCCUAAAGUCAGAAAUCCAAAAAGCAUUUAUCAGGUUGAGUAUUUCAAGCAGCCCCUCCAAACUUGGUUCCAAUAUUCCCGUAAAAAGAAUAUGACUGAUGGGCGCCCCAACCUCCCAGGAAGUACCUUUUAUGUCCCAUACAAGAUCCACAAGUGCUACAGGCCUGCUGCUGUGUUUCCAGGACCCCGGGUGGAUAAGUACCACUGGGUCAACACAAAUCGACAAAGUAGCUAA